AAAAUCAUAGUAUAGUACGUCAAAAGUUAAAGAGACCGAAACCAAACUAUAUUUAAAGCAACAACGUGAAGCACUUGAAACAAGAUUGAGAUAUAACCAAAACCAAACCCUAUCCGUUAUCGGCGUUUAACUUGGGCGGUUUUGGCGGCUGCUAAAUGCUUCCAAUGAGCAGAAACAUCAACAGCGUUGGCGUUUGGCAGAGCAACAACGGUUACUAUGGCUAUGGAGGAGGAUACGUGGAGAAGAGACAGCUCUUCCUUAAGAGCUACCAGUUCUCGAGGAAGCAGAGCUUAACCGAGAGGAUCAAGAGAUCUGUGGGGAGGGUUGUGAAGAAAGUUGUCGGGAUGAAGUUGAAAUCUGCUAAGAGGCUGAAACGCGUUGUUUGGUCGCGUCUCAAAACGGCGUUCUUCUACCGCCGUAGACGUUUCUCUCGUCUCCUUCACCCAAACAAAUCCUCCUCUCACUGCUUCUACUAACUAAGUCUUUCUAUUCUCUCUAUGUUCAUUCGUUUGUGUGUGCAUUAGUUUGCUGCGUGCUUAAACUAAGAUUCUUCUUCUUUAAUCAUGUUGUUAAUUCACUAAA